AUGGCGCGUAAAGGCCCUGGUACAGACGGCCCUCUACAGACAGCCCUUCUGGAAUCCACGUCUGCAGCCACAACAAGAGCUUCUGAAGGACAGAAGAUCUUCAGCCCCAUAGCUGUAUUCCUUGAUAAACACCGCAGCCAAACCACCAGCCUUGCUCCUCACCUACUGAGAGCCCUUACCGCUCUAAGUAAUGACCUCGCCUUGAUAGCUCAACAACAUUUUAACGCUUAUAUUAGCGGUAUCUCGACAAUCUCCAUUCUACCUGUCCUGUCUCCUUCCCCUUCCUCUUUCCCCACCCUAAAUCCCUUACUCCCUUCACCCCCUCCCUCACGUCUCCCCUCAGGUCUUAACCAGUCAACUUAUGCGACUAUUACCCAAUAUGCCCUGGUCAAAUUAACUCCCAUCACUCACCCUAAAGCCUUCAUCAAAAAUCCUAUGCCUCUGGUGAAACAACCCCUUCCUGACAUCUGGCUCUUCAUACGCCUCCUAGCUGACCACGCAGCCAGAAAAAUGGAAGCCUAUGCUAUCUACUCUAGCCUACGAUCUCAACUAAACUUAAAUAGUGCAGCACUAAAAGAAGUCCAAGCUACAAAGACUGGCUUUGCACUAUGUCCCUCAUCUCCAGAAGCCCUCCUAGCCCUUGAGGCCCAAAAAGAGACUAUCUCUGCAUUCUUUGUUAACUGCCAGAUAGAACGCAGCUCCCAAUGGGUCUCAUACCGAGUCACUAACGUGCCAAGGAAAAUUAGCCAAAUCUUGGAUGGUCAAUACUCUCUAAUCCCUGUCAAUCCUACACUACUAUCAUUAGAAAUUAGCGAAACAACAGGGCUUAAGCCUAUAUCUAUUAGCGAGACCACUAUAAGCGCUGCUAACCCUGAUACUCUCUCCUUAAGCUGGUUUUUAUUUAAUGCACAUAAUGCUGGAAAUGGCAUAAUGCACGAUCCUGUGCACACCUCUCUUAAUAUCAACUAUGCGGCUCCUCAGAGCAUACUAAAGAGAGCUAUGUCAACCGCUGCACAGCCUCAGAGUCUCAUCAAUGCCCUCCUAGAUGCAUACACUGCUAUAGACUACAUCCAGCUGAUUUCACAGAAUACCUUCUACGCCCUAAAGGCAAUACUAAACAUAUUAAAGCUUAAUAAAUAG